AUGCCGAGGCGAAGGCUAGGACUUCGAGCAGCUUCACUUGCUGUCAUGUGUGCAGCCGCAUCAGCGAUACCGAUGAACGACUUGUUCGCGCGCCAAUCAAGCUGCGCGGCGAAUUUCAACAAGUGCAGGGAAGCUGACUUUCCUGACAACUUUUGCUGUCCCUCGGGACAGAACUGUAUUCCUCUAGCCGCCAACACAACGAUUCUGUGCUGUCCGAACGGGUCCGACUGUUCAGCCAUCGAGCCACUGCCAUGCAACGUUGACCUUCAAGAUGCCUCGAAGCAUCCAGAGGCGGUGGUCAAGACAACCGCCCUCGGAGCCACCAUGGCACGAUGCGGCAGUUCUUGCUGUCCAUUCGGCUACUCAUGUAGGAACAACAAAGAAUGCGUCAAGAAUGCGGACCAGAAGGCUGCCCCCUUGGAGACGACCAGGCCAGGACAAAUCAGCACCACCAGAACUACGACAAGCACAACUUCAAGCACAACUUUGAGCACGACAGCAAGCACAGCAACAAGUGCUACUAGCUCGACUGAGACCGCGAGCACAACCGACACGGCAGAGGCCUCUACGGAAGCGAAUGGCACAAACAGCGGCCCCCCAAUCGCUGCCAUUGCUGGUGGUGCCAUUGCUGGAGCCAUUGUCCUCAUCAUCGCCAUCGUGGUAGCCAUUAUUUUCCUCAAAAAGAAGAAGGCGAGCGAGGCCGGAAGCCCUCCCAAGCUAUCACGCUCAACAUCGUCCUUUGGCAACUUCAUUAGUGGUCCCAUCAUGGCAGAGAACGCGACGAUGCGGGCCGACUUUGCUCGAGCUCCAGGCACGCGCGAUCUCGACGGUGAUCCUGGCUCCGUCACGGCGGAUCUCAUUGCGGAUACCAUGAGCACUCCGGAGUCAAGGGGUAUGCCCGCAGUCCCACCUGCUGCAGCCCACGGGGCGGUGCGGCAGAGCAGCGUCGCCUACGGGUACGGUGCACUUAUUGACCCGUCGCCCUUUGCCGACACGUCCUACGGGGACUACAACAGCGGCGGGCUCAUGCCGCAGACGCCCCAACGGAAUCGAGAGCCAAGCUCGGUGAGCAUCAACGUGUUCGCCGACCCAAACAUCACGCCUGAUCGGUCACCCGAGAGCAACAUGGGCCGGCGCUAUAGCGACGCGACGACUUUUACGCAGAUGCUCGAUCGCGCCGAUCUCGGCGGUGUCGCGCGCGGCGAGUCGUAUGUGCCCUACGACCAGGAUGGCGGGCAUCCUCCGAUGCCGAGAAGGUGA